AUGGCUGCAGACCCAAACUUGAACGGUCUCCUUAAAUGGAGUAUCCAAAACUCUUCCGCAAGCCAGGAAUCCGCUGAUCCCAAUGCGCCCGCCCCUGAGCCCUCUCGUGGCAUCAAGCCCGAGAUGCUCUCUGCUCUCUUUGGUGGUCCCUCUGACGCCGACCUGAUGAAGGCUGCCAUGGCCGCUCUUCACUCGGAUGAGGUGGACCUGGAGAAUAAGCUGGUUGCCUUUGACAACUUUGAGCAACUUGUUGAAGGUAUCGACAAUGCCAACAACAUGGAGCCCUUGGGCUUGUGGACCCCGCUGGUCCAGCUGCUCAAGCAUGAGGAGACCGACAUGAGACGCAUGGCCGCAUGGUGCAUCGGAACAGCCGUGCAGAACAAUGAAAAGGCUCAAGAUAGGCUCCUCGUUUUGAAUACCUUCCCAGCCCUUGUAUCCAUAGCCACCUCGGAUUCCGCCCCCGCCACCCGCAAGAAGGCCAUCUACGCCAUCUCGUCGGCAGUCCGCAACUACCAACCUGCCAUGGAUGACCUUGUCAAGAACCUCCCAGAGGGCUACCCUACUGAUAAGGUCGACGCAGGUGACAUGGACGCUGUGGAUGUGAUCCUCAACAAGCUCAAGGCCCACCCAUCGGCGUGA